AUGGGGUUCCGAUUGAGAAGACAUGUUACAUGUUUGCAGCAUCUCAGUAGUUCUGGUUAUGUCUUCUCUGCUUCCUUGCCUCCGUAUCUUCCAACUGCUGCUAUUACUGCUAUCGAUGUUCUGGAGGAAAAUCCUGAUCUUAUUACGAAACUGAACAAAAAUAUUGUUAUACUAUGCCAAGGAUUGUCAAAUAUACACGGCCUCAAGAUUGUGAGUGACGUGAAAUCCCCAAUCGUCUUCCUUGGACUCAAGAACUCCACAGGAUCCUUGAAGAGCGACUCACAAUUGCUUGAACAUAUUGCUAAGCAGAAAAACAGGGUGUUCCAUAUCACUACACUGAUAGUCCUAAAGCAAGAGUCAACUUCAGAUUCGUGUCAGACCUUGAAUGAAGAAGAAAUUUUUGAAGUCCAAGACAAAUAUUCGCUUUUUCCUUUUGGGUGGAUCCAUGUAAGUGUUACAGUAGCUUGAGGAAGAAAAAGCAUCAACUUGAGAGUAAGGAAGAAAGCUGUAGCUGUAUCUGUGUGGUUGCUGCUAGUGCUGUUUAUGCAACGCUUUUUUUGGGUUUAUUCUCUAGUUUUGCUUGCUUUUUCUCUCUUAAGGGUUGUGCAAGUGUAUUUUGUAUUGUUUUUGGUUACUCUAUUGAAUGUUCUUGUUUCCUCAUGUGGCAAACGAACAUUCCUUUGUGUGGUUUAUUUUAGGAUGAUUCUCUUUAUA